UUUAUAGCGUUUAAGGUGUUUAAAUCAAUGCAAAUGGUUAGUUCAUUUUUAUAGUGUUUACAAGCUAUGUGAAAUAAAUUAAUAACGGAUGCAACACUGUAAUGCUUUAUCUAACAAUGAGGAACGUCAUUUUUGCGAGACAAAGUGUCCAAACACAUAAAAACCAAUGGUGAAGCAACUUGAGAUCCACGUGACACACUUUUAUAAAGAUGGAGUUUAUUAAAGAGGAGAGUGAAGAUGUGAGGAUUGAAGAAACAUUCAGAGUCAAACAUGAAGAUACUGAGGAACAAACGGACCUGAUGCUGCUGAAAAAAGAGAAUGAAGUACUAAAUGAAAUGGAAGAGAAAACCCAGUAUGAGCGACAUCUUGAUUUCAUAACUGGAGAUAAAUCUUUUAUUUGCUCACAGACUCAAAAGUCCCAAAAAGAGGUUUCUUCUCAAAAAAGAGCCCCAAAUACAGGAACUAGAAGUUAUUUCACCUGCCAACAGUGUGGAAGUAGUUUCACUCAGAAAGGAAGCCUUAAAGUCCACAUGCGAAUUCACACUGGAGAGAGCUCUUUCACCUGCCAACAGUGUGGAAAAUGUUUCAUUCAAAAAGGAGGCCUUAAAAGCCACAUGUGUGUUCACACUGGAGAGAAGCCUUACAACUGCAAACUAUGUGGAAAGAGUUUUACACAUAAAAGAUCUCUUAAUUCCCAUAUAAAAAUUCACACUGGAGAGAGCUCUUUCACUUGCAAACUGUGUGAGAAGAGCUUCUCACGAAAAGAAAGUGUUAAGAAACACAUGAACAUUCACACUGGAGUGAAGCCAUAUGUAUGUUACCAAUGUGGAAAAAGUUUCACACAAAAACCAACUCUUAGUACCCACAUGAGAGGUCACACUGGAGAGAAGCCUUAUACCUGCAAUCUGUGUGGAAAGAGCUUCUCACAAAAAGGAAAUCUUACGAUUCAUAUGAGAAUUCACACAGGAGAAAAGCCAUUUGUAUGUGUUCAAUGUGGCAAGAGUUACAGAAGUAAAGUAAACCUUAAUUGCCACAUGAAGAUUCACUCGCAAAAACUGUUCUAAAUGUCAUUAGUGAGGAAAAAGCUCCUCGUGGGUGCCGGCUUCACCCAGCCUGCUGGCUCUGCUCCCUCCACUGAUUCAAUCCGGCUUCCUGGCUGUCGAUUUCGCCCUGCUCCUCGGUUCCUUCCCUGCUAGCUACAACCAACCUCCAGGCUCUGCCUCAGGCUUCCCAGCUCUGUGGGACUCUGGGACUGUUUUUAAUGUGGAAUUAUAAAUUUACACAAGAAUACUCUAUUAUUUGGUAACAAACACUUAAACAGUUAUUUUUUCUAUAGAGAUUCUAUAAUCUCAAUGUUAAUGUUUUAAAUUAAAUUUUAAGUUAUAUAUGAGUGUGUGUGUAUACAGGGAUGCACUUGAGUUUUUGAGUCUGGUUACCUUGAGAGCACCUGGAGAUUUGAUUUGGUGCCCACUCUACAUGUAGUGUGACCCAUUAAAUAUAACUAUUAAAAAAUGAAAUUAAUAAAAGUAUUAUUGCACUGCAUUUAGUUAGUUUUUAAAUAAACAAAAUAGUGUGAUAAUACUAUUAUAUUGUAAAAUAAAAAGCAUGUAUUAAAAUACAAUUCGUUUAUAGUGCACUUAAAAAUACAGUAUGUACAUUUUCAUUUUUUAUAUGAAUUAUUAUUUCCAACCCAAUAUGAGAAUUUUUGUGGGUUGCAAGUAAGUAUAGGCCUAUGCACCACUGGUUUCGAGGUGUGUAAAUGAAUGAAAUGAAGUGAUCUUAAAUGGUAAUUGUGUAUUAACCACUGUCAGUAUGCAAAUGAGUGCUCUGAAAAUUAGUCCACUCACAGAGAUGGGCACAAUUACAUCAAAAAAGUAUUGUUAAAAAUACUGCUGUGAAUAUGUAUUUAAUUAAAAUACAAGUAAUUUGUCAUUUAAAAAAUAAAAAUGUACAAGAUAUAAUUUCAAGUGCAAGAGUAUCAGUGGCGUUAGAUAAACUUAAGAAAGAGAAAAGUGCUUUCCCCUCCUUAAAGACAUGAUUGCAGGAAGCUUCUCCCGAAGAGAUGUCAGCGGACUCAAACAGUCAUAAAGACAGUUCCACCUACAAAUGUGGGGUAACUCAAGUUGCUGGUCGGUCAAUUCAUCAAGUAAUUAAGCAGAUUUUGGUCUGCCAGAAGCAUUCCAUAGGGCUGAGCACUUUGCCAUUGAUGAAUGAUUCAGCCUAAAGAGAGUUGGAUUGUCUUUACCGCUUUGAGCGGUAUGGUCCCACAUGUGGGAUUUUUAUUUCUGUGCCCCUGGGAGUAUGCUCCCACAUAUGGGAUUUAGAACAUUCGGUGACAUCACAUGACUGCCAAAUUCAAACUGCUUUCGCACUUAGGCUGGCGCUGAGACGCGCUCUGCACUUGUCAUGUAAUCGCAGUGUUUUUAACCACAUAAUGUUUAUUUUAGGUUUCAGACAAAUAAAGAAGUGUGAAGUCUGCACACUGAAAAUAACUGCUCCAGAAGAAUUUAAUCAAGCAACGUUUCGACCUUCAGGUCUUCAUCAGGCACAAUUGUCAGUGGCGUUAGAUACUCGUUCAUUCCCAGUUUGAAUCUCUACAUAUGCAGCAGCUGGCCUUUGACAUUGAAAACUUGACAUACUAUUGAUUUCUUUAAGAAUCUGUCAAAUACUCCAUUUGUAAUUAAACUGAACCUUUAAAUACAUAAUUAAAUGAAUAGUUUUUUUUUAAUCAAACAAUUAUGCCAAAUU